UAAAAUAAUAAAGGGGUUUUAACCCGUCGACUCAAAUGCUUCAUCUCCUCGGUCUUAAUAAUUCUUCAAUGGCGGAGAAGCAAUUGAUCGUGGCGGUCGAGGGGACCGCAGCCCUAGGUCCUUACUGGCCUACCAUAGUCACCGACUACCUCGACAAGAUCAUCAGGUGUUUUUGUGGCAAUGAAUUAAAUGGCCAGAAGCUUUCUGGGCAAACUCCUGAACUUGCUUUGGUUGUGUUCAAUACACAUGGACCUUACAGUGCUUUCAUGGUUCAACGAAGUGGUUGGACAAAGGACAUGGAUGCUUUUCUGCAUUGGUUAUCAGGAAUACCAUUUGGUGGUGGUGGGUUCAGUGAAGCUGUAAUUGCCGAAGGUCUUGCUGAAGCACUGAUGAUGUUUCCCGUUAGCCUUAAUGGAAACCAAAACCAUCAAAAUCUUGAUGUGCAAAAGCACUGUAUCCUUGUUGCUGCAAGCAACCCUCAUCCUCUCCCUACUCCUGUCUAUCGUCCUCCUAUCACAGGUUCUGAGCACAAUGAGAAAGCUGAGGGACAGACAGAGACAUGCCUUGCUGAUGCUGAGACAGUUGCAAAGUCAUUUGGUCUGUGCUUUGUUUCUCUGUCUGUGAUAUCUCCUAAACAGCUACCGAAACUGAGAUCGAUAUAUAAUGCGGCUAAACGUAGCCCUCGAGCUGCGGAUCCAACUGUGGAUCAUGUUAAAAACCCUCAGUACCUUGUGUUGCUUUCUGACAAUUUUAUGGAGGCUCGUGCUGCUCUAAGUCGCCCUUUAACUGGAAGCAUGACCAAAUUGGAUGGAGCUCCUACUGCUCUUGUUCAAGGACCACCAACAACUUCUAUCUCUUCAGUUAAUGGAUCAAUGGGCAAUCGUCAACAAAUUGGGAACAUUCCUGCAGCGACAGUCAAGUUGGAGCCAGCGACGGUGCCUUCAAUGGUAUCUGGACCUGCUUAUUCCCAGCUAUCAUCCGUUUCUAAUGUUGUUUCUCAAGGAGUUCCAAGCCUGCAAACUUCUUCACCUUCACCAACCUCACAGGAGGUUAAUGCAAGUAGUGAAACUGCACACGAGAAUAAACCCUUAGUUAAUCCUCAACAGUCAAUACGUCCUAUUGGUUCCGCUCCUGCAAAUGUAAGCAUCCUAAAUAAUCUGUCUCAUCAACAUCGGCAAAUGGUGAAUUCUGCCUCUAUUGCCGGAGCCAGUUCUAUUGGACUUCAAACGAUGGGGGGAACAUCAAUGGCAGCACAUAUGUCUAAUAUGAUAUCCAGUGGAAUGUCAUCUGCUAUGGCAGGAACUACAUCUGUACCUGGAUCAGGGGCACUAAUGGCCACUUCCCAACUUGGGCAAAAUACAGCUCUCGGGUCAUUUUCAUCAACUUCUUCAAACAUAUCAGGAAAUUCUAAUAUUGGCAUUUCAUCAGCAAUGGGGAACCUUCAAGGAAACACUGGGAUGGGGAGUCUGUCCUCAAGCGGACAGUUAGGGCAAGGUGGUAUUGGCAUGAACCAGAAUAUAAUGAAUAACCUUGGGGCUACCAGUAUUUCUUCUGGAGCUGGCACCAUGAUGCCUACCCCUGGAAUGUCGCAGCAAGGAGGUGUAAAUUCUCUAGGUUUGAACAAUAAUUCUACAAUUAACAUGCCUAUGGCACCACUUGCUUCUGGUGUUCAGCAAUCGCAGUCGAAGUACGUUAAAAUUUGGGAGGGGGCUUUAUCAGGACAGAGGCAAGGGCAGCCAGUGUUUAUAUGUAAGCUUGAAGGUUACAGGAGUAUAACAGCAGCAGAAACGCUUGCAGCAGACUGGCCACCAGCAAUGCAAAUUGUUCGCCUCAUAGCACAGGAUCACAUGAAUAACAAGCAAUAUGUUGGUAAGGCAGAUUUUUUGGUGUUUCGAACGCUUAAUCAACAUGGAUUCCUUGGACAACUGCAAGAAAAGAAGCUUUGUGCUGUUAUCCAGCUACCUUCACAGACACUGUUGCUGUCAGUUACUGAGAAGGCUGCUCGUUUGAUUGGAAUGCUUUUUCCUGGGUUUAGUGAAAUUUGCCCUCCCCUUGUUUGUCUUCUAUUUUGCUGCCUCAAAAAUUCAUCACCUGAUGAUCUAGGAUAUGGUUGUAUUCAAGCCACAAGUGUCCAGCCAACCCAGCCUCACAGCAGCAGCAACAACUACAACACAGCAGCAGCGCAGCUUCAGCAGCACCAACUUCAACAGCAGCAGCAGCAGCAGCUUCAGCAGUCACAGCAGCAUCAACAUCUCCAGCAGCAGCUACAACAGCAACACUUGCAGCAGCAGCAGAAUCAAAUGGUUGGUGCUGAUGGGCAGUCAUUUGUUCAAGGCCCUGGACGGUCCCAAAUCAUGUCGCAAGGAAAAAUGCCUUCACAAGGACCUGGAAAUAUUGGUGGAGGGGUUUCCUGCCGCAAUAAGCAAUGAAGAGCAGUAAAGGAAAAAUACGAACAGAUUACAAUAAUGUACCAUGUAGUUAUCCUUCUUUUCCUCAUUUAUUUUAGUUCCCUCUCUCCUUUUACUCUUUGUAGUAUUUUAUGUACCGGAGGAAGAAAAAAUAAUCUAUUCCAUUGUAAACCUAUAUAUAAUUUGCUCGUCAAUCAUAGAUUAUUGCAUUUUGUUGCCGCAA